AUGGAAGCUUCUGUUUACUGCUUUGCCCCUCCAACGUCCUCACUCGUUUACACCCAUUCCCAGCUGCUUCUCGACUGUCUGCCUACCUCACACGAACUCAUUCUCUACGACAUCGGGAUCAAGAUGUUCGAACAGCAUACCACCGACGAGGUUGAUCUGGCCUGCCUCGCCGAGCAUGCGGAGGCGCUGUCGACAGGCUUGAAUGAGCUGCGUCUAGACUGUGGUCACCAAACCACCUCGUCCGAGAUCUCUGAAGCCGCCGAAGAGCUGAAGCUCCUUUCGUCUGAAUUGAUCAGCCUCGAUUGCGCCGUCAAAACCAAUAAGGACCAAUAUACCAACGUAUUCGAGGAAGACCUCAGAGAAAUCUACCGUCACCUCGAGGGCAUAUUUGAAGAUGUUGAGGAUUGCUGCCGAGAAAUGCACAAAGCUGAUCGAAUUGGAGCUACCGCAGUGGGCUGGCUGCACAGGAAGCCAUACAUGAAAAGACUGCGGCGACACCUCGAGGCCAACAAGUCUACCCUGAUUGUCAUGCGCACAGUACUUCAUCAUGGCACCGAAUAUGGUCUGCAGAGCCCUUCUGUGCGCCUUGCUGAAUCGUCUCCUCACAUCCUACAAGAUGACCUUGCAAUAUUACAGUCUGUCUUUGCGAGCAAGGCCGCAAUCACUGAGCUUCAGAACUCUGCAAAGAAAUCUCACCAACACAGCCCCUCCUCUGCUUCUUCAGCAGCCACCCCUAUUUUCAAGCCUGGAGCACACGGCCGAAAUUUAUCCACUGCCACUGGCGUCGAGACACUCGCAGUCGAAGACUUUUUACCAUCGGACAAGGGAGCAGAAAAGAAGAAAGAAGAGGAUCCACUAGAGAGACGGUUCUCACGACGCGGUGUGCGCCUUGCUGUACAUAGCUCCAUCCUGGACCUCAACGCCCAUGAAGUCCCAGACUCUCUCAAGAAGAGAUGGAUUUACAAGGCCAAGUUAGGACGGAGUGAUGAUCAAGCUGGGACCGGCAGUCCUUCGAUUGCACAGCUCAGCAAGAUUUCAGAGGCCAAAUCAAGCUCGAGUCCGGAAAAGCCUGCUGAAACACCAGACUUGCAUCGUAACGGAAGCACCACUGAACACCAUGGCAAGCAGUCUGAUCAGUUCAGCACUGAAGAGCGCUCGAAUGUCCAUGUUUCAAAGGCUAAGAAGAGAAGCUUGACCUUGAUGGCCUCACCAGUUGGAAAGACACUGGGCAAGGUCAUUACGAAGUUGAGCACAACAAACCUUCGUAAAGGACACAGUGAGGACCUUGAGGAAGUCGACAAAGAGCCAAACCCUGGAAAGGACGAGAAGCCGGGAUGGACAUACAGAUUCACCCGACGGUUUGAGAAGUCCGAACUAACAACUCCAGACUUCAACAAAGAUGUUGAAAACAUGGUGCUACGUUAG